UCAAUGGGUCCAAAACCCUCUUAGGCUUAUAACUGUAGAAACUCUUCAAACUGUCAAGAAAUUUAGGGGGGAAAAAUGUUGAGAAAUUUGUUUUAUCAAUUCACGUAUGUAUUUAUUUUGUUGAUACCAUUGCAAAAAUUAUGGGUUCAAUUUCGAAAUGCCAAAAGCUUUCAAAGGAAAGCAAUAUCAAGAGAAGUGAAGAAGACAGGAUAAGCAUUUUACCAAGCUGUGUAAUUGGGCAUAUCAUCUCCUUCCUUCCAACGAAAGAUGCAGUGGCAACUUGCAUCUUGUCCACCAAAUGGACACAUCACUGGAGGUCCAUCUCUAUUCUUGAGUUUGAUGAUAGUGGACAUUCUCAAAAUAGAAAUAGACAAAGUCUUCAGUCACUCGAAGAAAGCUUCAAAAAUUUUGUCUACCGGGUUAUUAUGCUGAAUGUAUCAGAUUUGCAGAAAUUUCAACUGAGAUGUUUUCUAGAUUAUGAUGUUUCACAUAUCAAUUUAUGGGUUUAUGCUGCACUGUCACGUAAUGUCCGUGAAAUGAGACUCACCGUCUUAAUGAAUUCUCAUAAGUUGGCACCUCGUGAGCUUUUUACUUGUAAUACUUUGGUGGUACUAAAACUGCGUGGCGUAUUUGUUCUCAAUGUUCCAACUUUGGUUCAUCUACAGAAACUUAAAAUCCUAUGUCUUGAUUCAAUUGAAUUUUCCGAUGAUGAAUCGGUUGAAAGGUUUUUUCCCGGCUGCCCUGUGCUUGAAGACUUGUGGAUAAUAGGAUGCCUGUGGAGGAACAUCACUGUUUUUAAUAUUUGUGCUCCUGUUCUCAGGAUUUUGACUAUACACGGUGAUAGCACUAAUAUUGAUUGGAAGUGCAAGAUUGUGCUCAACACACCAAAUCUUCAAACCUUCACUUAUGAUGACUGUCUGGUUGAAGAAGAACUUGCUGUAGCAAACUUUGUUGAAGGAAUAUCUAAAGUUCAGAGGCUUCAUUUAUCUGAUGGUUCAGUAGAGACCCUUCAGUUGUGCAGCCAUCCACUGCCAGAUUUUCCCCAUUUAACUUAUUUGGAGCUUGGACUUCUCCAAGAUGAAACCUGCCGUUGGAGUCCACCUGAGAAUGUGCCUUCGUGUUUGUUGCUUCAUCUCGAGGAAAUUAGAAUUGAAUUCUUUCGAGGGAAGAGAGAUGAGAUGCGAAUGGCAAGGUAUUUCUUGAUGAAUUCAAAGGUUCUGAAGAAAUUAACGAUUUGCCCUGACGGUGAUGAGUUGGGAGGUUUGUAAGAAAGUAUUGAUGUUUCCAAAGGGCUCCAAGAGUUGUCAAGUUGAGUUUAAGCAAGAUUUUUGAAAUUUUCUUGUGUUUCCUUUCUUAGGAAUUUUAUCUUGUUAUCUCUUUUUGCUAUGAACAAUGUUUUACAAGCCUAAUCGGCAUUAAUAUGACCCCUAUCUAUAAUUGUUGUAGGGGGGAAGAGUUGUUAUGAUAGUGUCUCUUAGGGUUUUCCUUCA